UUAAAAGGGAAGUCUCGCAAAGCUCACCGCUGUCAUUAAGAGACAGUGGCGGGGUUGUCCUGAGCGGUGUGUGGUGCACAAGCGACAGUUCUGGACGUUUCUCAGAAUCUUGAGUGUCAUUUCAGGUGCUGAACUGAAAAGACAAAAGAAGCCAUCAUGAUUAUGCUGGUUCCUCCCUCUGAUUACAAAACGGGAAGUCCCACAAAGUGACAGGAGAAUGCAAUGAAGAGUCUCUUGAACUCGACUGGCUAUGGAAUCGUGAAGUUCAGUGUGCAAAACAAAUAAUAUUCUCCAUACCAGGCUUUAUGAAGCACUGUUGUUUGGUGCAUCUGACAGUUGCAUGGAAUGCGGGUCACGCUGCACUGGGGGCUGUCUGGUUGGUUGCUGACGCAGAUGUUAAUGGCUCACGACUCGGGUAACUACUGUGUGCCCCCCCCCCCCAACAAAUAUUGGGUGAGUCCUUACAUUCUGCUUGUGUCCAGAAAUGGUCUCUUUCAGUUCUGCUUCGUAAGUCAGAGCUUUUUGCCAGUUACGCCCACCCCCCCACCAUGUUGCAUAUGCCUUGGCCCCACCUGCUGAAGAGCGCUCUGCAAACUCUUUGCUUACAUCUUCAAGCCACCAGCUUCUCCAGGACAGAAGUCCCUUUGUCGCGCUUCAUUAAAAAACCUCCCCUCACUUCUAGGCCGAGUUGCGCAGCUGUAGUCAUGGACUCGCUGUGUCACCAGAGCCUGCAGCAUGCUGAUGAAAACUUACAAGCGGUAACGUGCUGUUACACACAACCGGAGCCUGCAGUGUACAACAUUACGGCCUAAACAAAGGGGUAUGGCCUCUGGAGAUAAAUGCUUUGAAAGCCAAAAGCUUUGCAGACCAACCAGGAACAAAUUCCACAAGGCGUUUGGGAGUUUGCCGAGGAGUCGGUUUGUGUAGUUGUGCCAUUUGUUUCAGACCUUUAUUUUAAUGGAUUAAGCUUCCGUUGAAGAUUGUGUGAUGUCACACUGGUUAUUUUAGCCCUCUGUAAAUCUGCUACUCGCUACUAAAAUUUUCCAGAUAGCUCUGAAUGCUAGCUGUUCCAGACAAGCUCUUGUGUGACAUUUUUUUUUCAUUAACCCAGAGUAAACAAAUCUCAUGCAUUUGUGUGUGAAAUGCAUAACAGUUUAUAGAUUGCUACUGAUAGUAAAAUAUUAGGUGCUGAGCAAUGGUGAAAAUGUGGUGUUUUACUGACACAAUCAAGUGGAUUUAUUUUAAAGUUUUUGAAGAGGGUGGCUGUCUAAAAUGCUUAACGUAUGGUAAGUUUUCACCACUUUCCUUUACUACUAGUUUGUGUGAAAUACUUUUGUCCCCACAUUCAGACUUUUUAGAUUGUUAAAUUGCAUGUUUGUGUGGUUCUGUUUAAAGCAGUCUGCGGAGAAAGUGUGGGAACCCCUUUUGUUUUAUGGGAGCAUCUGUUUGCUUGGCACAAACACCAAGGGCUUCUGAUUACUAACCUCAGACCCUGUAUGUCAUGAGGGCUCUUAUGUUAGUUGAAAGGGCUGCAACACACCGGGUCACUUAAGUAUUUCUUUUGUGUUGUCUUUCUUUUCACAACUUUUAUGUUUCUGCCUGAAAUUUUAUGCCACCUAGCUAGGGAGUGUCCAGUUCCCGGUUCAGAGUCCAUUGACUGCCCGGGAUCAAGUUAGCGGUUAUGCUCUUCCAUAGUCUCUGCAAGGUGGUGGUGUGUGAGUGCUGUCUCUGUUCGGUCACAGGUGUCCUCCAGCGUGCUAAGAAGCUCAUCCUGAGCGAACAGGCUGGCUGGGUGCAGCUGAAGGAUUUUGCCCGCAGAAAUGCCGCCAAUGCCCUUUCAGUGUCAAACAUGGUCAUGGGUAUGGCCUCCAUCCUUUGCAGCCUCAAUGGCCACCAGUAUGCUGCAUGCUGGCUUGUUCUCAUUGGCUAUCUGCUGGACUUGGCAGAUGGGGCAGUUGCUAGGAGACUGAACACCUGCUCAGCACUAGGUGCCAAGUUGGACGACUUUGCAGAUUUCACCACGUUUGGCAUCGCCACAGCUCUACUCCUGAGAACACAUGGCUUGUUGGACAACAUCCUGUGCAUGUGCUACGUCCUGGCCGUGUUCAUUCGUCUCUGCUUUUUCUCUAGUGGGAUUCCCUUCAUGUAUCGUGGUCUGCCAUGCAUCUACUCCUCUGCCAUCCUGGCCUCCGCCUCAAUGCUCUCAGGGGGCAACAUGCUGGUUUUGCGGAUCAUUGCUGCAGCCAUGAUCCUCUUCAUGGUGAGCCACACCUUCUACCCUCAUGACAGGGUUCUGGAGUCUCAGGCCUGGAAGAAGAUGGUCUAUGCUGGAGGAGUGGUCAUGGUGUUCUGUUCCUCCUUCCCACCGGCCUGCGUUUACUACCUGCUGUGGUCAGUUUCCUACAUCCUGUUUCCUACAGCACUGUGGAGCUGCAAGGUGUGAAGUAAAGUUUGGGCUGAUCCUAUGCACCACCUGGCUCAUCAGGCCUGCAGAAAGUGGGCCUCAGUCUGCCACUUCCUGUUUCCAUGGCAACUGUAAACACAUACUGUUCCUUAUCAAACAUUAAAACAAUCAUGCAAAAAAAUGAAUAACCCACAGGUAUACUUUUGAAGUGACAUUUAUUCUGCAAAACUCCCCCCCCCCCCCCCAUAAGAAGGAUGUAACUUGAUGAAUAACAAGAUUUGAUUUUGUGAAACAAUAAUUGGUAAAUUGAGACUGCAACAUAACUGAUUUUCUGUACUAUUUAUCAGAUGGCUUAGUUCACUUAAAUCUUAAGUGUCAUCCCAUGUAAAGUUUGGAGGUAAAUCACCAUCUGCGUUCCUUUAUCCAUCCGGCAAUAUUUGUAUAGCAGCAGUAUGUCAAUUUCUCUCCUGUGAGCUACUUUAUGAGUAACUUAUGAGGAAAGAAUGUGUCUGAUUUGCAGUAUGGACUACAGUAUUUUUAACCACAUGCCACUAAUCUUGCUUGAUGACAAAAAUAAAAUCCACAGCAGAAUCAAUAGAGAAUAGUGUGCUAAGUUGAAGUAUUGGCGCUGAAAUAGAAAAUGCACCCCCAAAAUCAAAAUGUUAGUUUGGAAAAAAAGAAAGUCGUGUUUUUGUAAUGCCAGUUUUUUCCAGUCCCAGGUUGAUUCCUUUCUUUGGAUGUCAAAUUGUGCUAGUUCUACAUGCGUGUGUAGUGAUUGUAGGGCAAUUUCUUCAGAUACAGAAAAUACCGUUGAAUGCCUCAGUGGAGGUGGGGUUUGCUGCAUACUAUAGUAAUGAAAAUGGACAUGGAUAUUUUAUUUUUGUGGAUUUAUAAUAUUUGUGCAGCUUUAUGAAAGAUUUUAAAAAGGAAUUUUUUAAGCUAUUUUGUCAGAAUCAACACUUUGUGGUGUUGGAUUGAUGUUUUAAAGUCAAAGGUUGUUCCAACAUCAGUAUAUUGGCUUGUUUAGUAUGGCUUGGUAUGACUUAAUUAUAUUUCUGUGAUUUUUACCUAUGUCUGGCACUGUCAGUGCUACUGCACCACUGUUGCUCUGUCGCAGACUCAAUCCAACAUUGUGGCAAUGUUGUGUGUGAGACAGAUGAGACAGAUGAGACAGACAUUGCAGUGACAACAUAUUGCUGCACUUAGUUGAUAGAAUGCCGUAUUUUUGCGAAGGCAGACAUACAGUGUUCCUGUUUGGGCUUUUAAGGAUGUGUGCAGCUUAGUCUCUGUUUUAAGGGGCAGCUCUUGUGUUUUUACAUGAACACCAGUUACUCAGAAUAUUGCAGCGACUGAGCUUCAGCCUGUUUAUCUCCACCUGUCAUUAUCACACGUACAGGAUCAAGUUGGGCAUUUGCAGACAUUGAAUUGUUCACUAUUGGUGGCGUUUUAUAAUGAGUAACUUUUUUUUAAUGUUCAUGUCCUUUCGUGGUUUUGCCGAAAGCGUUUUUUUUUUUUUUUUCUUUUUUCCAAGAGUGAAUGCUUUUCUGUGUUCUGUGUAAUGGAUGUAAUUUGAAAGAUAUUUUUUUAAAGACUGCAGUGCAAUGUCUGUGAAUUCUUUAUUCCCCUUGAAAAGUGGAGAAGACUUCGCUAAAUAGUUUUUGAAUGCAUAGAAAGGAAGGUGAUCAUGGUUUUGUAAGACUUUUUCCUGACUUUCCACCCACUUCAAGUCCUGUUCUAAUUCCAUUGUUGUAUAUUGUUAGACUUUGUGUUGCUAAAUUAAGGAGCUCAGGAGUUGUACUCAUCUUUUCAUACCAGCCACUGAUCAUCUUUUAAAUCUGUAUUUUAUAUCUUUUUUUGAAAUAAAAAUAGUUUGACAGAGAUUCAUUAA